AGUGGCAAGGUACUCUUCGUCUUCUGUGUUUUCGCUCUCAUGGCGGAGCUCCUUUAUGUUCUCUGGCGACGGAGAAGGUUCCGGCGCCGGAGCGUCAGUGCUGGUGGGGACUCGGAGAUGUCCGGGGCCCAGUUCGACACUCCUUCGAAGGAACUUCUCUACUUCUUCUGCUGGAAGAACCAGUCCCGGUUGGAGCCCGCGGGUGUCCCGCCGGUUUUGUCUGAUGUUGCGCGAGACACGGAGGCCCCAGUGGAUGAUGACGUGGAGAAGUGGCAGGCGCCGUACGGUCCCUCCAGGCUUCUGUACACGAUAAAGGAAGAGGAGAAAGAACGGGCAGAGGGCAGCGAGUAUUCCGUGGAAAGUGAAGCCAAGAGCAGUAGCAGGACGGUUUCUUUAAGAGACGCUUUGGCGGCCAGGGUUUUAAGUGAAGCCGCUCUAGCAGCCGCCACCCUCGCCGCCGUCGCCGAUGAGGUGGAGAUGGAGGUGCAGCCGGUGACGCCGUACUACACUCCUUCGCCUUCUCCAAGUCGUGAGGGGACCUUGAUUUCAGGGGAGAGUGGCGGUUCAAGCGAAGAGGAGAUGGAAACGGAGACGAAUUUUCUGAGCAUACGUGUAGAAGAAUGAUAUCUCGCCGGAAAUACGGCCGGUCUGACCAAGUAAUUAUUAAAUACAAACGGUUGUAUUUU